AUGCCAGAUGAUAUGUGGAAACUGCGGGCCCUUGAAAUUCUGCGCCUUGGCAGCAACAGAGUGUCCGAGCUGCCUCGUUCCAUAUCGUGCAUGGAGCACCUGCUGGAGCUUGACUUCCAAGGAAACCGUAUACAUGAUGCAUUUCUUCCUCAGACUGUAGAGAUCUUUAACAUGGCAGAGAACCCGGUUGAGAUGGGAGGCCCAGACUCCAUCAUCAAAAACCUGGGAGAUAGGGAGCAUGCCAAGAGAAUCACUUUCCUGGAUCUGUCCGGGACCGACCUGUCCGGGUUCCCAGACAACGUCUGUCAGCUGCGGUUUCUGGUCACGCUCAAGUUAGCCAACAAUAAGAUUGACAACUUUCCGAUGUUGCUGUGUCAGCGCUGUCGCCAUCUAGAACACCUGGAUCUGCACAACAACAAGAUCCCCGAAUUACCCAUCACCGUGGAUCUGUUGCAUCAGCUUCAGUAUUUGGACAUGUCGCACAAUUCUAUCACCGCGGUUCCGUACACGCUCAUGAAACUGAACAAAGUGUACCACCUCGACCUGUCCUACAACUACAUUAUGGAUCUGCCGGAGACGUUCAAUCGAAUGAAUCACCUGGUGUACCUGGACCUGAGAAAUAACCAGCUGAUGAAGUUUCCCCAAGAAGACAUGCACGUGCUAGCCUCGCUCCUGCUGCUGAAUCUGUGCACCAACGAGCUAGCUGAGAUUCCCGAAGAUAUGCCGUAUUUGUACCGGUUAAAAACCUUGAACUUAUCAAGCAAUCACUUGAAAGAGCUGCCGGAAGACAUUAACUUGAUGGUGAAGCUGGAGGAGCUGGAUCUACACGACAACCUGCUGAAAGAAGUGCCCGAGACCAUCAUGAAGAUGCCCAAGAUUUCCAAACUGGACCUGAGUGACAACAGAAUCAUGCAUUUCCCCAUGCGUUUUGACGCCUUCUCCCAAAAUCGCGAGGUGGACAUAUCGAACCAGUCACAGUACAAAAAGCACGAAGAUGAAGAAGAGGAUUCAAGUCUAGACUUUACGUUAUAA